AUGAUGCUAUGCGGUCUACUAUUGGUUUUUUUAUUUUCUCUGUUUUCUUUUGGAUAUUCGUCUUUAAACGAGAGUUAUAACGAAGGACUAUAUUUGGAAAACUUGUCAAAUCGGCAUACGUACGCUUCAUUCACCUUUGAAAUUGACACGAAAGCAAACAGGGAAGAUAGAUAUGCAUUUUCGGAAUCAAAUUACCAAUUUUUCCCACUUUCUCUUGCCCGAACAAUGAAAGACCAAAAGGUAAUGGACCUUCAUGUUAGGGCAACUAGGGGCAGAUGGGAUUAUGGGUUUUGGAAGCAACCUCCUGACAAUGGAUUUCAUUCUGGCGGGUCAGGUUUUGAGGUUUGGGCUUCCUUUAUUGACGACCAAGAUUUAGAUUCUUGGUACAAAUUAACUAGCCAGCUUUCGGGAUUGUUUUGUUUUUCGUCCAACAAUAUUGAUGAGUUAAAUACGUAUGAACCACUUCUUUCUUUUGUACCAUCUUGGUCCUCUACUUCGCAUACCCGAUACUUUGCUUCUCUCCCUCAAGAGUCCGUCUGCACAGAAAAUCUUUCCUCUUUGCUCAAAUUUUUACCUUGUAAGAAUAGAGCUGGAAUUGCUUCACUUCUGAACAGCCAUCUUUUGUUUGACACCGACUGGUAUUCUCUAUCUAUAGAUAUCGUGCCAAACCUUACUGAUGAUCUUAGCUCAAUGAAAUUAAUUGUCAAGAUUCAAACAGUCAUUGACGUGGAGAGGACAAAUAGAAGGAAACUUGAAACUAGAUUUUCAUCUCCUCCUGAAUUUUGCGGUGAUGAUAUUGCUCAUGAUCCUUUACGUUGUUUGACUGCCACUUACACAGCAAGUUUUCAUACUCUUGAAGACCUAUUUCACAAAACCCUUGAAAAGAAAUGUCCUUUUAAAUCUUCUGAAAGUGAUAUAUAUGUUAAAAACUCUUCCAGUCUUGUCGUUGGGUAUCCAUUAGAAAUGGCGAAAGAGAUAUCUAUUCCUGUAAUCAGUGAAGAGCGUCCAGGAUCUCCAGUUCUUGUUGAAAGGUCACUAACAAAUUCUGGAAACCACUGGGGUGGUAUCAUCUCAACAUUUACCAAUCCCACUGAUGAGUCCUACAGUAUUGUGUACUUUGAAAGAUUACCUUGGUAUGCUCGUGUGUAUCUUCACACUAUGAAAAUAGCAGUUAAUGAUCAACCGGUAACCUGUAUUGAUUUUUUUCAAGACCAAGUAUACCAACCUUUAAAAGACCGUAAAGCUGGAACCAUGAUCGAGUCUCGAUUUACGAUUCCUGCUCGUUCAUCUGUCGUUAUGAGUUAUGAUAUCGAAAAAACAACUUUACGACUCCAAGAGUACCCACCUGAUGCUAACCGAGGUUAUGACCUUCCACCUUCAAUAGUGAGUGUUUACAACACAGACGAUGUUGAAAUAUGUCAAUUGCGAACCUCAGCUCUUCUAUUGUUUAUCCCUACCCCCGACUUUAGUAUGCCAUACAACGUUAUAAUUUUGACUUCCACCAUCAUGGCUUUGACGUUUGGAGGAAGUUUUAACUUCCUUACAAGAAAAAUUGUUCCAGUCAGCGAAUUACCAAAAUCGAAGAAGUCAUCCUUGUUUCAAAGAAUCCGCUCAAAAUUGAAGAGAAAAGACAGCUAA